AUGGUGGGUGCAAUUUACCAUAAUGAUCACAUACUUGCAUUUAAAACCAUAAACUUUUCAAUCACGUGUUUAAUAUAUCGAAGUAUAGAAAAUACAUCUAUCUAUCUAUCUAUCUAUCUAUCUAUCUAUCUAUCUAUCUAUCUAUCUAUCUAUUUCAUCUAUCUAUCUAUCUAUCUAUCUAUCUAUCUAUCUAUCUAUCUAUUUGUUGCAGUCUGCCUUUAUCUAUCUAUCUAUCUAUUUCAGUUUCUUUAUAUCUAUCUACUUCAGACCAUAACACUCUAUCUAUAUAUUCCAAUCUAUCUAUCUAUCUAUCUAUCUAUCUAUCUAUCUAUCUAUCUAUGUCUAUUCAUCUGUAUAUAUCUAUCUCAGUCUACUGGUAUCUAUCUAUCUAUCUAUCUAUCUAUCUAUCUAUCUAUCUAUCUAUCUAUCUAUCUUCAAUCCAUCUCUCUCUCUCUCUCUCUCUCUCUCUAUCUAUCUAUCUAUCUAUCUAUCUAUCUAUCUAUCUAUCUAUCUAUUUUCAUGCAAUCCGUUACCUAUCUAUCUAUCUAUCUAUCUAUCUAUCCAAAACUUAUGGCCACAUUACGUUGA